AUGCCGGCUAUAUUCCCUGACUUCUCACCGAAUCUCCACCCAGCGUUGGAGGCUUUCUUCAACAUUGUGGUUGCAUGGGGAGCACUCUUCUUCGGAUUCCUAUCGGAUGGAAACAAGCAGAAAGUUCCGAUGCUGCCCUUCAUGAUAGGAACAGCAUUCUUGACCAACGUAUUCUAUCUUCCCUACCUGGGCUUGCGAGAGUCCUUCCAAAAAUUGCAAGAGUCCGGGGCAGUUGAUACGCAGGGUAGCGAUGCCGAGCUGAGAAUCUCAGAGAGCAAGGCGCUGCCUCUCUUGCUUACCUCUGUGUUCGUAGUGUCAGUUUUAUGGGGGGCAUAUGCCAGAGGAGCAGAGUAUGGGGAUGCCGCGACCCGGCUGGAAACUUUAUGGCAGUUCGUCUCCUCCUCGGACCGCCUUGCACAUUCCUUCGCAGUCGACAGUCUGGUCUUUUGGAUCUUCCAGGGUUGGCUAGUCCCCGAUGAUAUGAGAAGGAGAGGAUACAGAAACGAUUCUGCGCUCUUCAUUGCCAGGUCUGUUCCGUUCUUCGGCCUUGUGUAUUACUUGAUGACUCGACCAAAGCUAGAGAGGUCGGGAUAA